AUGAGGUCCAGCAGCCUCUUCCCCAUCCUGGUGCUUGUGGUUCUGGGGUCCAUGGCAACUUGGGCCGUGGAAGGUGUGGACAAUGGGGAGAAGCCUGGGAACUGCCCAGUGGUGGAAUUCCAGUGUCUGAUGCUGAAUCCGCCUAACCUGUGCGAGACGGACAGCGAGUGCAAGGACAACCUCAAGUGCUGCCAAGGCGGCUGUGGGAAAGCCUGCUUUCUCCCCGUGUAAGCUUGAUCCAGCCACGUGGAAGACCCUCCGGCUUCCCUCUCCGUAUGCGCGGGCAAUCUCCAUUGUGACUUGGAUUCUG